CUUCAUCCCUAACCCAGUUUUGUCUCAACAGCUUCUCUUAAUACCUCUCAGUUCACAUCCAAUUCUGCAAAAUAAAGUCGGAUGAAUCUGCUCCCCUAAUUUUAUCUCUCUUCCUUCAUCUUUGAUUCAGUUCCUCUUAAUCUAGUAGUGAAUUCAGUUAAUUUCUUCAGGAACAGAGUUUUCCAAUUUUUCUUUUUCUCCCACUUUUUUCCUUCUGUUCAUGAGGGAAAGAGCAUAGAUUAUCAUGAGAAAGAACACUGAAGAGCGGAAAAUUCUGCAGGCAGGAAGUAAGGCAACCAUGGAAGGAGAUCUGAGAAAAUCACUACUCACUUCUAUACCAAAAUCAUCAAUUCAAGAUGGCCGACCAAGCAGCAUGGUUUUUAAGAAAGCACAUACAGUAAUUCCUCCACACAUAGUAGCCGAAGCCAUAUCAACACUCCAUGGUCUUGACCUGAGAUGGUCAGGCCCAAUCACACCUACAGAGAUGCAAUAUGUUGAGCAAUAUGCACUUGCAAAGUACCCAGAGUAUUCUAAUGCUCUGGUUGAAGGAGGAGAAAAGACUGACCUCUAUGAUCUAUGCAUCAAAGAAGAGCCUCAAGAGCCGCUCGAUGACAAAAGAAAGUCACCUAGAGGUAGUCUUAGAGAGUCAGCUACACCCUCGUUUGGUAACAACCUGCCUGAUCUAAACAAAAUUCAAUUGGAACCAUCAAGACUGCUUGAUGUGCUCACCAAGAAAUCCUCCUUUCUAGGGAGUUUCAUCUCGAUCCCUGAAAUUCAAGCUCGAAACAAGGUUUUGAACCAUUGUGGACUACCUGAUGAGGAGUAUCUUGUUCUCUUCACUCAAAACUACAAGGAUGCAAUGAUGUUAGUUGGAGAGAGCUACCCAUUUUUCAGGGGGAACUUCUAUAUGACUAUUCUUGGGGAAGAAAUCGAUUACAUUAGGGCGUUUGCGAAUUACAAGGAGUCGAAAGUGAUCUCAGCACCAGAGACUUGGCUAGAUUUGAGAAUCAAGGGAUCACAACUCAGCCAAUACUUCAGAAGGAAGUGUAAGCAUAGCCCAAAGGGACUAUUUUCUUUUCCUGCAGAGGAAAAUGGGACAAGGUAUUCCAUGCAUUGGGUUUCUGAAGCCCAUCGGAAUUCAUGGCAUGUUCUGCUUGAUGCCACCGCGCUGGUUGUUGGGGAGGAUCACUUAAACCUCACACUCCACAGGCCUGACUUUUUGUUGUGCAGUCUUAACAAUACCCAUGCUCAUACUUCAAAGAUCACAUGCCUCUUGGUCAGGAGAAAAUCAUUUGAUACAACAGCUUCAGUGCAGUCACUCGAGGCCUAAGCAAUAUCAAUACACAAUUUGCACUGUAUGUCCGGAGGGAAAAAAAAAAAAGGAUGACUGAAAACAGAAACCCUUUUGUAUUCUAGAU